ACUCAAGCAUUAGCACCAACAAGCUCUGAGCAACAUCAGUCUCUGGAAAGCCUUCUGAAUUAGACAAGGCCUGCCUCUCAGCACAGCUACAAAACACUUUAAACCUGACCAGCUAAAUGGAUAAACCUAGCCUGCAUAGCUUUUAAACUGGGGUCUCAUACAGCACAGGAGGCCUACUUGCUUGAAGAACUGAAAAUCCAGAGGAUGAUUUGCUUUAUCUGGGAAUGGCAAAAGCCAGAACAAUAAGGAAUGCCAGGUAUUCUGAAGAUUUUCUUUUUCUUUUUCUUUUUUUUCCUCUCUUUUUACAGAGAAGUUGGUUACCUUCGAGAUGGGCUGUAGCUCUUUUGCACAGAUUGCCAAUUACUGCUGAUGGGUCUCUGGUGAAUUACACAAUGAUGCUCAGAGCCUAGAGGCCCUCCCCCACCCCCCAACUGCUUCCUUCUCCCUGCCCCCCAUCCCACUACGUGCUGAUUUUUUUUUUUCCUAUAUGUAUAUAUAUAUUUUUUGUCUGUCCCCUCUGGGGAAGUUUGUAUGGGGCUACUAGCUGACAUGUGGGAUCAGAAUGGUGUGAAUGACAGCCGCACUGUAUCAUGAAGGUGGUGGUGGUUUCAACACGUGAGACCAAACAAGAAGAAAGCUGAGAGAGGGGGGAACCGUUUUGGAUGACAAAGGAUGGGUUUCCAUUUAAUUACGCAGCUGAGAGGCAUGCGUGUAGUGCUAGUGCUACUUCCUACACUGCUGCUUGUUAUGCUCACGGGGGCUCAGAAAGCUUGCCCAAAGAACUGCAGAUGUGAUGGCAAAAUUGUGUACUGUGAGUCUCAUGCUUUCACAGAUAUCCCUGAGAACAUUUCUGGAGGAUCACAAGGCUUAUCAUUAAGGUUCAACAGCAUUCAGAAACUCAAAUCCAAUCAGUUUGCCAGCCUUAACCAGCUUAUAUGGCUUUAUCUUGACCAUAAUUACAUUAGCUCAGUGGAUGAAGAUGCAUUUCAAGGGAUCCGUAGACUGAAAGAAUUAAUUCUAAGCUCCAACAAAAUUACCUAUCUGCACAAUAAAACAUUUCACCCGGUUCCCAAUCUCCGCAGUCUGGACCUCUCCUACAAUAAGCUUCAGACAUUGCAAUCUGAACAAUUUAAAGGCCUUCGGAAACUCAUCAUUUUGCACUUGAGAUCUAACUCGUUAAAGACAGUGCCCAUCAGAGUUUUUCAAGACUGUCGAAAUCUCGACUUUCUGGAUUUGGGUUAUAAUCGUCUUCGAAGCUUGUCCAGAAAUGCUUUUGCUGGCCUGUUGAAGUUAAAAGAGCUCCACUUGGAGCACAAUCAGUUUUCCAAGAUCAACUUUGCUCAUUUUCCACGUCUCUUCAACCUCCGCUCAAUUUACUUACAAUGGAACAGGAUUCGCUCCAUUAGCCAAGGCUUGACAUGGACUUGGAGUUCCUUACACAACUUGGAUUUAUCAGGGAAUGAUAUCCAAGGAAUUGAGCCAGGCACAUUUAAAUGUUUGCCCAAUUUGCAAAAAUUGAAUUUGGAUUCCAACAAGCUUACCAACAUCUCACAGGAAACUGUCAAUGCGUGGAUAUCAUUAAUAUCCAUCACUUUGUCUGGGAAUAUGUGGGAAUGCAGUCGGAGCAUUUGUCCUCUAUUUUAUUGGCUUAAGAAUUUUAAAGGAAAUAAGGAAAGCACCAUGAUAUGUGCAGGACCUAAGCAUAUCCAAGGUGAAAAGGUUAGUGAUGCAGUGGAAACAUAUAAUAUUUGUUCUGAAGUCCAGGUGGUCAACACAGAAAAAUCACAGCUUGUGCCCCAAACUCCCCAGAAGCCUUUAAUUAUCCCUAAACCGACAACCUCAAAAUCUGACCCCAGCCAGUCCACUCUUGAAACACCAAGCCCUUCCCCAGGGUUUCAGAUUCCUGGCACAGAGCAAGAGUAUGAGCAUGUUUCAUUUCACAAAAUUAUUGCAGGGAGCGUGGCUCUCUUUCUUUCGGUGGCCAUGAUCCUCUUGGUAAUCUAUGUGUCUUGGAAACGCUACCCAGCCAGCAUGAAACAACUUCAGCAACAUUCUAUUAUGAAGAGGCGGCGGAAAAAUACCAGAGAGUCUGAAAGACAAAUGAAUUCCCCUUUACAGGAGUAUUAUGUGGACUACAAGCCUACAAACUCUGAGACCAUGGAUAUAUCGGUAAAUGGAUCUGGGCCCUGCACAUAUACCAUCUCUGGCUCCAGGGAAUGUGAGGUGCCUGAUUCCUAUGUUACAGCACUGCAACUAGUUGACCUUUCACUUCAUUUCCAUUAUUCAAAUGCAACAGAAUUACCAUUUACAAAAAGCACAGGUUCCGGAUGCACAGGCUCAGUGGCCAUGGCUCAUGGGCCUAGCAACUCCAUGGCUUGUGGGAUCUUCCCAGACCGGGGCACGAACCCAUGUCCCCUGCAUCGGCAAGUGGACUCUCAAUCACUGCGUCAUCAGGGAAGCCCUGGAUGUGUUUAUUUUUAAAGUUUACUCUUUAUCUGUGUUACCAGAGAGCUGGGACUUUCCUGUCUAGUUCAUGUCACUGUAUCCAUAAUUCCUGGAAAAUUUCCUUUAAUCAUUGUAAAUGUUUAGCAAAUAUGUCUAAAUAAAGUAAAUAAAUAAAUGAAUAAACAGUACCCCAAAAUGGAUGCAUUGGGUGUGCUUAAAGUGUCAUUUGAUGUUCACCAGGUACAUUCUGUGAACUUUGUCUUAAUUCUUUUUUUCACACUGUUUCCCUAUUUGGAAAGCACUUCAUCACCCUCUGCAACUAUUCAGAUCCUGCCCAUUCUUGAUGGUCCAAU